CGUACCCGGUGGAUCUACCUGCUGCCAGCGUAGUGAUCUGCUUCUUUAACGAGGCGUUCUCCGCCCUGCUGCGGACCGUCCACAGCGUGCUGGACGCACGCCGGCCGUCCUGCUGCACGAGAUCAUCCUGGUGGACGACCACAGCGAGCUCGGUACGGCGCCGCCUGCAGGCCGAGGCGCCUUACACUUCUGUGGCUGCUGUGAGCGUUUGUAUUGAUUAG